AUGAUCGAAACACCUCGAAAACGCACCUUUGGCUCGAUCCACUCCUCAUCCAGUCCUUCGGCUCGCAAACGGGAUCAAGACAACCCAUGGUUCAGGGAUCCAAGCGAACAAGACCAGAAAGAUCCUAAGGUUCCCAAGAACGAAUACACCUCCUCACCCAAAUCCCGGGACUCUCAUCAUCGGAUACGAUCUCCUCCGCGCAGUGGCGAUCGAACUAGCAAACACUGCAUUGAUGAUAACAAGGAACGUGCCUCUAACCAUGGAUCAAGACCUGGUGAUGAAAACCAUCACUCAACUGUCCGAAGCCGGAAAGAGCAGGAGCAUGGCAAGAUACCCACACCAGCACCUGUAGAUGAUACCGUAGAAGAUGGAGAAAUCGCAGAAGGAGUCCCUUCUUCAAAUCAUUCGCUAUCUCCUUCACGGCGGUCCCAGUCGGUGAAAUCUGAGCGUGACCGACACCGCGACCGAACGCGGGAAUCAGAUCGUGAACGGCUCCGGGAUCUUGACCGCUCCUCACACCGACACCGUCAUCGUGAUAUGGAUCGAGAUCGCACUAGGGAUCGUCCUCGAGAGCGUCGAGUUGAUAGCCGUGAGCGAGAUCUCUAUUCGCAUCGCGAACGCGAACAAGACCGACGGAAGGAUCGUGACCGUGAUCACGGUCGAUUUGCCCACCCUCCUCCCCCGCCUUAUUCAGACCGCAAACGCUCUCCUGAUCGUGAUCGUGAUUAUCCUCGUCGUCGUUUUGACCAAGAAGACCGAUUCAGCAGACAUCACCGCCAAGAUCAUCACCGACGCGACUUGGAGCGCAGGUCCACCACGGAUAACACGCAGGCCACUGGUGGCCAUCUUGCAAGGCCAUCUACCUCAGAUAACCUGAGCAAAGAACAAGAUGAUCAGAAUGAUGAUGAGGUGGUCGGUGUUGCUGAGCCCCCGCCACAGCUGACUGAAGACGAAAUACUGGAACAAGCACGUCGUAAAAGAGCUGAAAUCCUAGCUAAACAUAAACAGCUGAACCAGACUGUUAACCCAUCCGAUGUUUUUACUAUGACUACAGAUCCCAGCCUGCCCGUUGUUCAUAACCCCCCUGCAGAUCACCCGAAGUCUUCCAUCCCUUCAGCCACUUCAAAUCCCAACCCGCCUAAGGCUAAUCAUCUCCCACUCUUACUUGACCCCAUCUCUAAGGUUACUAACCUCAAUAGUCCUGCCGCUAGAAUGCGACUUGACUCAGAUACUCCUCAACCGACCCGGAUCGGAUCAGAACAAGGCUCUGAUUCAGUCGCAGGUUCUCCUGAACCGGUUGCAGAAGCCAAUUUUGACUUAACACAAGAUCCUAACAAUCAAGUUUCAGCAACCACAGCCGAUGGCGACGAAUCCGCAGUGUCAAACCAUCCACUAGACCAACAAACCAUCACGGGUGUAGGUCAUCAGAGCAUCUCAGCUGCUGAUUACAACCCGGAUGACGAUCGCCGGAUUGACAAUGAACGGCAGAACGAGAAACACAUCAAUGAACAGAGAGCAGGUGAUCCGCUGCCCGCUACAGAUAUUCGACCUGGAGCAAAUCUUUCUGAGGGCCCGGAAGCAAACGGUAUGGACGAAGAUGAGACUGGCGAUGAAGAUGGCGAGGAUGAUGAUGACAUGUUUGCCAUCGAUUCCACUGAGAAGAAGGCGAAAAAGAAAAAAAUCACCAAGGGGAACAACAACAAAAACUCUUCAAACCCGUCUGCUCCGUUUUUGCCUGUCAUCAAUCGAGCGGGUACGGAUGCUGAAGUGGUCGAUAAUUUUGAUGACGCUGACGGUUACUAUCGCGUCAUAUUGGGCGAGCUGUUAGACAAUGGCAGGUACCAUGUCCAUGCAAACCUUGGCAAAGGAAUGUUUGCAUCAGUGGUGCGUGCGAAGGACAUGUCUGCUGCUAAGGACGGGAUUAAAGGGGCUGGUAACGAUGUCGCCAUCAAAGUAGUCCGAAGUCAAGAGAGUAUGUUUAAAUCUAGUCAGAAGGAGGCUAGCAUUCUCAAGAAGCUCCAGGAGGCUGAUCCAGGCGGCAAGUACCACAUUAUCAGACUUGAGCGGACGUUUGAGCAUCGAGGGCAUCUUUGCUUAGUAUUUGAAGCGAUGAGUAUGAAUUUGCGAGAAGUAGUCAAGAGGUUCGGCAAGGACGUCGGUAUCAAUCUAAGAGCCGUCAGGGCAUACGCCCAUCAAAUGUUUCUGGCUUUAUCACUUAUGAAAAAAUGCAAUAUAAUGCAUGCCGAUUUAAAACCGGACAAUAUUCUGGUAAGCGAAUCGAAAUCGGUCCUUAAAGUAUGUGAUCUGGGUUCAGCCUCCGAUGUUACCGAAAAUGAAAUCACGCCUUAUCUGGUGUCCAGGUUUUACCGUGCACCCGAGAUCAUCCUCGGCUUACCAUAUGAUUGCUCGAUCGACAUCUGGUCGAUUGGUUGUACACUGUACGAACUCUACACCGGUAAAAUUCUGUUCCCUGGCAGAAGCAAUAAUCAUCUAUUGUUGCUGAUCAUGGAAUUAAAGGGGAGGUUUAAUUCGAAGCUGUUGAAGAAGGCUAAGUUCUCUAACGUCCAUUUUGAUGAUGAGAACGGGAACUUCUUGAGUGUCGAAAAGAAUCGGAUGACUGGUACCGAUGUUGUCAAGAGUAUCAAUAUACCAAACAAGCCAAUACAAGGACUCCAGAGUCGAUUGAUGCCCAACCACGUGACAAAGAAGAUGCAAGACGCGGACGUGAAACUGUUGAGCGCGUUUGUUGAUCUACUGGAGAAAAUUCUCACCUUGGAACCUAGUCGCAGAAUCUCACCCAAGGAAGCCCUCAACCACCCUUUCAUCCGUGGGAUCUGA